AUGCAGGGUAGUGAAGGUGCUAAAGUGAUGACAAUGAUGCAGUAUAGUGAAGGUGCUAAAGUUAUGAGAAUGAUGCAGUGUAGUGAAGGUGAAAAAGCGAUGAGAAGGAAGCAGUAUAGUGAAGAUGCCAAGGUGAUGAGAAUGAUACAGGGUAAUGAAGGUGUUAAAGCGAUGAUAAUAAUAGAGUUUAGUGAAGGUAAUAAAGUGAUGAGAAUGAUGCAGAAUAGUGAAGGUGCUAACGUGAUCAGAAUGAUGCGGUGUAGUGAAGGUGCUAACGUGAUCAGAAUGAUGCGGUGUAGUGAAGGUGCUAACGUGAUCAGAAUGAUGCGGUGUAGUGAAGGUGCUAACGUGAUCAGAAUGAUGCGAGGAUUUCCCCCGGUGUCCUUCCCAGAGCUCCUGGAGAAUGAUUGGGCACUCCUGGCAUUCCCACAGCAGCUGGAGGUUAUGGGCUUGGUUCUGAUCUCCCAGACUCCUGCCCAGACCAAGCAGUGUCAUUUACUGUCCCAGCGAGUUGCUUACUGCAGCAGAACCUACUAUGGAGAGACGUUCAAGGUUCACAACAAAACUGAUCCAAACAACUUAGCCUAUACUCAGUAUAGCCUCGGCCUGCACACUGAUCUACCAUGCCUGAGCUACAAGCCUGGUGUUCAGUUACUGCACUGCAUCAGUCAGAUCGAGGGUGACGGUGGGGACAACCUCUUCGUCGACUCCUUUCAAGCGGCGGCAAUCUUUCGUUCUCUGCAUCCUGACAGGUUCAACCUCCUGGUGAAAACUCCCGUCGUUUUCAGCGACACAGGUGUUGAGGAUGGCCAGAAGUUCCACAUCGCCAACCAGACCUCAGUCAUCUGUCUUGACGAGGCUGGAAACAUUGCGACGGUCAACAUGAACAACAUAUGUCGGGACUUCAUAAAUCUUGCACCAGCAGACGUCUUUGGCUGGUAUGAAGCACUUUACGUCUUCUCGAACAUUCUCAACCAUCCUCAGAACGUCAUAUCCUACAAGCUGAAACCUGGUAUGUCUAUUACGACAUUCGUCUUCGGAACGCUUAUUAGUAUAUUGUGAAGGCUUACUCAGCCCUGUAACAACUUCAGACAGUAUUACCAAGGCUGGCUCCUCCUCAGGAAAAUUAAUGAAUAGAAAAAGAACAAAAACUGACAAACAUAAACACUUUAUUAUUUAGAAAAUAUAAAAUAUAAAACACUUAAA